GGGCAGCCAGGGUUAGAGAUUGCUGGAGGCGGGGGCCCGGAGGAAGCACGUGUCCGCAUCCUUUUCUUUCUGCUCUUUAUCUCUUUAUCCUUAGGGUUGAUAGCUGCGGGGACAGCCCGGGGCCCAGUGUAUGGCCACGGAGUUACAGCGUCCGGACUCCAUGCCCUGUCACAACCGGCAAGUAAACUCUACUUCAACCCCAAGUCCCGAGCAUCUGGGAACAGACGACCCUAUCCUGGAUCAUGCUGAAGAAAAUAACGCUGCCAUGGCUAAGCUGACUCUCCUCCCUGGGCACGCCCAUUCCAGCAUGCUCUGGGAGCGGGACUCUCAGGCCUGCUGUGGCAUUAAUCUUCACUCUGAGAACCACAGUGACAGUAGUGACAGUGGCAACUACGACGCACCUGUCGGUGACUCCCUCCUAGGGGACUGUGAACUGUCCCGACAGAUCGGGGCACAGCUUAAGCUGCUGCCUAUGAAUGAUCAGAUCCGGGAGCUGCAGACUAUCAUCCGGGACAAGACAGCCAGUAGAGGGGACUUCAUGUUUUCUGCGGAUCGUUUGAUCAGACUUGUUGUAGAAGAGGGACUGAAUCAGCUGCCAUAUAAAGAAUGCAUGGUGACCACGCCAACAGGGCACAAGUAUGAAGGAGUGAAAUUUGAGAAAGGAAAUUGUGGGGUCAGCAUCAUGAGGAGCGGUGAGGCAAUGGAACAAGGUUUACGUGACUGCUGUCGAUCCAUACGAAUUGGGAAGAUCCUGAUUCAGAGCGAUGAGGAGACACAAAGGGCCAAAGUGUACUAUGCCAAGUUCCCCCCAGACAUACAUCGCAGAAAAGUCCUUCUGAUGUAUCCAAUUCUCAGCACUGGCAAUACUGUAAUUGAAGCUGUAAAGGUUCUAAUAGAACAUGGAGUUCAACCCAGUGUUAUUAUCCUACUCAGUCUCUUCUCCACUCCCCAUGGUGCCAAAUCAAUCAUUCAAGAAUUUCCAGAGAUCACAAUUUUAACUACUGAAGUUCAUCCUGUUGCACCUACACAUUUUGGACAGAAAUACUUUGGAACAGACUAAGUUGUUAAAGGAAGAUGAAGUGCUUUGCAUAAUAUUAUGGUUGUAAAUGAAUUUCAUACUUGUUUUUUAUUAAUUUGAGAAAUAAUGGAGAAAAUACAUUAGGAAUGCC